GUUCAAGUAGUUCCUCUCAUCUUUCGUUCGCUCUUCGUUUUCUAUUUUAUCCAUCUACUGCACGCACAGAUAGAGUACCUUCUGCGUCAAUUAGAUAGCUCAUGUCUUCAAACUUACCCACUCGCCGUGUGACGCGGGUUAGCCGUACGGCGGUCCAGAAGGACAGCGAAAAUGCCAACGCCCGCCCAUCUCGUAUCGCCUCUCGUGUGAAGCCCCCAUCUACGUCCGCUAUUCCUGCUCCUACUGCCACGCUCCAAUCUAGGGCCUUAGGCGCUACCGCCGCCUCUCGCGCAAAAGUCGGGGCCAACGAUGAGAACAAAGUCGACCCUGCUCUUCAGGGCAAGCGUAAGCGCGAGGCUCUUGGCGAAGUCACAACCAAGAACAUCAACAAGAAUAAGGCCGCUGCCACAGUUGCUAAGGAUGGAAAGGGCAAAGGCAAGGAAGUUGCCGCACCAGCCAAGGAAACGUUUGAUGGUGUAGUGAUCAAGGCGAAGCCCACCGUCCCCUUAAGACAGACUACCACUCGUCGCACUACUAGGUCUGCGAUAGUCCCAGAGGUAAAACCGUUGAAAGAUGUCAAGGACGAUCCCACGGUCAAUGAUGAAGAUGCGAUGGCCGUGGAUGAUCACCCACCGGCUCCGGAGCCCUUGCGACGCGUUUCAACCCGCAGGUCGGGCGCAAACACCCAGCAGGUGAUCACUCAUGAGGUCCAACGUGUUCAGACUGCUCGACGAACCUCUUCACAUCUCGUCUUAAAGGCUGAGACGCAUGACGAUGUUCAAGAAGAUCGUGUCUUUAAGAAGCGGCGGACGUCUUCUGACGCUCCAGAGACCGAUGUAGACGAGCAAGCCCAGCACGAGGCAGAAGUGGCGGCUGUACUCGAUGUCAAUGUGACGCCAGAAGCUGAUCCCGACGGUGACGAGUGGGACGAUCUCGAUGCUGAGGAUGCCGAUGAUCCAUUGAUGGUCAGCGAGUAUGUUGUCGAAAUCUUCAAGUACAUGAAGCAGACCGAGCUCAUAACACUUCCCAAUCCGGAAUACAUGGCGUCGCAAAAAGAGUUGGCCUGGUCCAUGCGCGGGAUCCUUCUCGAUUGGCUAGUGCAAGUACACGCCCGAUUCCGAUUGCUGCCUGAGACUCUGUUUCUCUGCGUGAACAUCAUCGAUAGAUUCUUGUCGGCACGCGUAGUCUCCCUCGCUAAACUCCAGCUCGUGGGCAUUACGUGCCUCUUCGUUGCUUCCAAGGUCGAAGAGAUUGUCGCACCAUCCGUCUCGCACUUCCUUCACUGCGCGGACUCAUCGUACACCGAAUCCGAGAUUCUUCUUGCAGAGCGGUACGUCCUGAAGACGAUUGACUGGAACUUGAGCUAUCCGAACCCGAUGCACUUUCUGCGGCGUAUAAGCAAGGCGGAUGAUUACGAUGUAAAAUCAAGGACGAUGGGGAAGUAUCUAUUGGAGGUGGGCACACUGGAGUGGCGGUUGCUGGCCACUCCACCUUCGCUAGUCGCUGCUGCUGCGACCUGGCUGGGACGCCUCAUUCUUGGCAAUGAUAAAUGGUCUGCUAAUCAUGCGCACUACUCGUCGUAUGCGGAAAGUUCCAUCAUUCCGACCGCCAACCUGAUGCUGAACUAUAUCCUCAAACCCAUCCGUCACGAAUCAUUUUACAAGAAAUACGCUGGCAAGCGGUUCAUGAAGGUGAGCAUACUGGUACGAGAGUGGGCUCUGGAACGGUGGGAAGAAGGCGAGCAGGUGUCUCUCGCAGCCGUGUUGCCAGCCAUUCGUGUGAAGAAUCAGGCAGAAAGGGAGCGGCUAGCAGGCAUGGACGGUGAGGAUGAAAACUCAUAGGGUCGACGACGCGCAUGGUCUCCCACCCGUUCUUUUAUUAUUCUUCAUCAUCACGGCUAUCACUCACUGAAAACGCAUAUCCAUUCCUCGGACACCCACACCAUCUAUCCCCGCGUGCAUCAUAUUCAUCCCACGAGCAUCAUGACCUUAAUUCUGUGCAACUCAACCAUCACACCAUCCAUCAACGCCAACUUCGUUUUUUUGUUCUUUCAUUUUGUUGUUUAUGUGUCAAUCUUAUGAUUAUCAAAUACCUUUCCCCCCCACACUCGUCCGCCUGUUUAUGCGCCACAUCUAUGCCUCAUGCUCUGCGCUUGAUUUGUCGCUAUCACGCUGCCAUCUCAGUGCUCUACACAUCUCGCUCGCUGUCUGCCCGUACUCGAUUUGUCGAUUCGCGCAAAUGCACCAGUACCCGUCCGGAUACCCCCCCUCCAUUGUUGCUUGCCCUGUUCUCGCUU